AUGGAAAGCAUGGACAACAGUGGAAGGAACAUGUUCUAUAAUAUGGUAUCGAUGCAUUCAGUGGGUCUACCUUGGGGUUUCCAUAUGGACCAUGGACAAUCACCAUUAAGGGAACAGUAUGGCAUUGCUUUUCAUGUUGACUCCUCGUGCUGGGGUCCAAGUCACACUGGGCACUUGCCAUACAUUCCUUUUGAGAACCAGUUGGGGCUCUGCGAUUAUUCCUCAGAGCCGGCCUUCAUCAGGAAGAGAAAUGAGAGAGAGAGGCAACGAGUAAGGUGUGUUAACGAGGGCUAUGCCCGACUCCGACAACAUCUGCCCCAAGAACUGGCAGAGAAACGUCUCAGCAAGGUGGAGACUCUAAGAGCGGCAAUUCAAUACAUCAAACACCUUCAGAACAUACUAGAACUGGGAACUCUACGGCCUCCAGGAACAGAACUCUUCUCUGAUACACAAGCCCAGUCCUCUAUCUCAGCACCAAGAGCUCCAUCCAAAAACCUAGUGCCAUAGGCUCUCCUUGUACAGAAGAACAUAAACAACAGGCCCCCUGAGAGACACAUUAUUCUUAAGCAAAUAGAACCCCAAACCAUCAUUCUUCCUCUUUCUUUCAACCAGCUUUAUCUUUCCAUAAGAAAUCUGCUAAAUUGGUACGUUUAAUUGCAAUUGGACCUGGUGCCACAUGCUUGUGCGGAGAACAUGGGAUUUUCUUCUCAUUUGGUUUUCCCAUUUUAUUUUUUCACAAGAGUUUCCUUGAGA